GCUGAGGUCGGAGCGAAGAAUGAGUGGCCCACGGGCGAAAUUCGAUCUUGUCCAGGAGCAUGGUCUUGGGGGUUAUGAUUCAGAAUUCAGUGAAGAUGAAAAUGAAGCAGAGACAUCUAACUGUAAAAGUCAAAGGACAAGAAAUAAUGCUACAGUAUUUAAAAAGCCAUUCCAAAAGGAAAAAUACACUCGAUUACCCCACAAGCAACUUGCAGCUCAUGAAUGGGACAGGGAAGAAGCAAGAAACCGGCGUUUCCAUCUUAUUGCUAUGGAUGCUUAUGCCCGACACAAGAAGUACAUCAAUGAUUAUUUGCUUUAUUAUGGUGGCUCCAAAGAAGACUUAAAGAGAUCGACGGUGAAUGAUAAAACGGAUCUGGAUGUGAUAAGAGAGAACCAUAGAUUCUUAUGGACAGAAGAUGAUGAAGCUGAUAUGAACUGGGAGAAAGCAUUGGCAAAGAAAUACUAUGAUAAAUUAUUCAAAGAAUAUUGUAUUGCUGAUUUGAGCCAAUAUAAACACAAUAAGAUUGGAUUUCGGUGGCGAGUAGAUAAAGAAGUAAUUUCAGGAAAAGGUCAAUUUUGCUGUGGAAACAAACACUGUGAUAAGAAAGAAGGUCUGAAAAGUUGGGAGGUUAACUUUGGAUACAUAGAACAUGGGGAAAAAAGAAACGCCCUUGUGAAAUUGAGAGUGUGCAGUGAGUGCUCCUAUAAGUUGAACUAUCAUCACAGGAGGAAAGAAGUAAAAGGUGCAAAGAGGAAAUGUAAAGAGGAACACCAUGAUGCUCCAGCAGAAAAGAUAACCAAGACCGGAGAGAAGCAAUGUUCUAAAAGCACGGGCAAAUCUUCCACCAGCAGAACAGAAAGUGAUGGUCAUGAUUCUGAUAAAGAAUCAGAAGAUACACCAAAUACAGAUGAUCCCUCGGAGGCUGAAUAUUGGAAAGGACCGAGUCAGGAUGCUGAAGAUAAGACUAGGGAGGAUGAAUUUGAUGAAUAUUUUGAAGACAUGUUUCUGUGACCAGUGCUUUGAAGAGGAUACCAAAGGUUAAUCACUUCAUUAAUUUUAUUCCAAACGAAGAUCCCUUAAUUAUUACUCAAAUAUCCGAUUAGUCCUUUCAGACUCAAACAUAAUUUUACACAGGAAUGCAAUUUAUGUUUCACAUUGAAACAGGAGUAAGCCUGGAAGAAAAUUGAACACUGUAAAUCCAAACGAACAAAUUGUGAAGAUAAAUAGAAAUAUUUUGCAGGAGUUAAUUACAUUGUAAUGUUCACAGAAGAACUGCUACCUGCUACAUUCAGUAAUAUGUUGAAGUAAUCUGGGGGAAUUUCCAUAUUCUUCAUAAGUUUCAAAGGUAAUAAUACUCCAAAUGAAGGGAAAAACUGUUUAAUAACUCAAUAGAUUUGCUCCUUAAAUAAGGCAAUGAAGUUACAACAACUUGAUUAUUAAUUUAUUAGUUGAAAAUAUUCUGAUAUGUUUCAGUGAGAUGCUUACAUGUAAAUGAAAUCCUAAAGUGUAACCAGUGAAGUCUCUGCUUUUUAUGUGAAGAUAGUAAUAAAUUGCUUUCUGUUUUUUUAGAGGACAAUUUGUACAGGUUUAAGAAAUGUAUUUCUUCUGCAACUUUUUAUAUUAGUGCUGUGCCACUUAUUAGGCAGCUGACUCAUCCUCAUAAAUAAACCACUGUGUACAUUUAAA